UCCUUUCUCCCAAGUAAGCUACAUGAAAGAGAUCUCUCUUUCUCUCUAUCUCUCUAAUUCCAUCUAAUCUAUAAUGUCCAACCAAAAGACAUCAAUGGACAUGGAAGACCCAGAAGCCCUUUACCCUUCAUACUACGUCCAAAGCCCGGCUACCACCAUCUCUCAUGCAAACAGCGUUGAUGUCACCCGUAACACCGCUGUCUCCUCGGAGUUCCCGCUCUUCUCGAACCCCAACAGGGGCAACCCGCACGGUGACAAGGCCUCCCUGCUCGCCUCCCGGUUUGCCACCCUCUCCCGCUACUCCUCUUCCCGUGGGUCCAACCACUCUGGCUCCUUCCUCCACCAUGAGAAGUCCUCAGCCAAGGUCGUGGCCUUUGAUGACCUACAGAGCCACGACACGGCCACGGAGAAUGGCGAGAAGCGGUUAAUCAUCAUUGAUGGGUGCAUUAAUGAGGACGACGAGCGCGAUAACGAUGAGGACUACGGCCGGCCGAGUUCGAGACGAGGGUGGUGGAGGUUCUUCUCGUUCAGCUAUUCUAGUUCGAGUUCUUGGAUAUUGCUGCAAGUCAGUUGGAGGUUUGUGGUGAGCUUUGGAAUUGCAAUGCUUGUUUUCUACUUAGUCGCUAAGCCUCCAACGCCCAAUAUAUCCCUUAAGGUGGCAAGAAUUCCAGAAUUUGGGCUUGGGGAGGGAGUGGAUAGCACAGGGGUGACAACUAAACUCCUGACAUGCAACUUUACAGUGCAACUUAUGAUAGACAACAAGUCCAAGUUGUUUGGGCUCCACAUUCAACCCCCAGUCUCGCAGUUAUUUUUCGGUCGGCUCCCGCUCGCUACUUCCCGUGGAAAAGGAGAGCUAUACGUACCGAGCCAUGGGCCCGCGGUGUUUGAUCUACAUGUCGGUACGAGGAACAAGCCCAUGUAUGGCGCAGGACGGCUGAUGCAGGACAUGGUGGAGUCUGAUCACGGCCUCCCGCUGGUGGUCCGUAUGGUGCUGAGGGCAUCCUACCAUAUUGCUGGGGGCCUCAUCUCUCCCAAAUUCCGUCACCACUCAGAGUGCUCGAUGUUACUCCUCGGCGGGCCGUAUGACAAGACCCACCGUACCCACACGUUCAACAGCUCCUGCUCUGUACUAUAGCCCCUUCCACCCCAUAUGCUAUUCUGUACGUGCCAAGUUUAUAUGUAUCAGAUACACGCGGGACAUAGGGAACCCACCAAGAUUUCCUACCCUACAUUGCUCGAUCAGUGGAAAUGGAUUUGUUCGGGUUACUUCGAUAUAUAAAGGGCCUUCUCGAAUAGUUUUUGUUGGUGUACGUAUGUUUUUAUACUAGGAUCAAUUAAUUGAUUCGAGGGAUCUAAUGAUGUGCGGUUUAUUAUGUUGAUGGCAUAUAUUGGACAUUGUUCCUGUGUUUUCCUUCUGGGAAGGUUACACUACUGGACUAAUUAAUUAAUCCAGAAAGAAAACAUACUA